AUGAAGAUUGCAGUCAUAGGCGCCGGAGUCUCAGGACUAUCCUCCACUUGGGCUCUCAACGAGUACUCAUGCCAUGAAGUGCACCUGUUCGAACCACUAGCAUGGAUUGGUGGGCAUGCCAACACGGUUUCCUUUACUCCUCCUACUUGCGCCUCAUCCUUAUCCGCACCUUCAACUCCCGUAGACACUGGGUUUAUCGUCUUCAACCAGGAUACCUAUCCGAACUUUCUUGCAUUUCUCAAGCUUGCUGGGAUUGCGAUUCUCAACUCUGACAUGUCGUUUUCUGUGAGCCGUUACUUGGGAGGUUAUGGAGCGUUCGAGUGGGCAGGUGGUAGUGUCGGAGCUCUGUUUUGCCAGACGAGUAACCUUUUCAACCCAGCUCAUUGGAGAAUGGUAUGGGAUAUAAUCCGUUUCAACCAACAAUCCCUUGAUUACCUCCGCACUUGCCACCAAAGCGAGAAACAAGGCCGCGGUGGGAAAAGGGAGGAGAGUAUCGGCGAAUGGUUAGAUCAACGCAACUACUCUCCCUCGUUCCGCAAAAACUACCUGAUCCCAAUGACAGCUUCCAUCUGGUCAACCGCUCCAGAAACGGCGCUCUCCAGUUUCCCCGCUUUGACCCUCCUCCGUUUCAUGCACAACCAUCACUUACUCCAGAUCCUAAACCGACCACAAUGGUUGACCGUCAAAAACGCAAGUCACUCCUACGUCCAACGCAUUAUGUCUAAGCUUCCCCAAGCGAGGUUACAUCAGGGUCGCCAGAAGGGGCAGGUGGUAGCGGCAUGGGUAGAUGCCAAGACGGCCAAGUGGACCAUCAAAACUGCCGAUCGUAAGCAACAGAAAGGAUGGGAUAGGGUCAUCUUUGCAUCUCAUGCAGAUCAAACCAUGCAAAUCUUGACCCAAGGAUAUGCACUCGGCAACGGCGGAGAGGGAGAAGCGCUGAAAGAGGCUGUAGGGCUUUUGGCGAACUUUGCUUUUAGCCAAAACAGUGCCGUCUUGCACAGUGAUGUGAGGUUGAUGCCAAAGAGAAGGCAUGCUUGGUCAGCUUGGGAUUUCUUAGCUGAAACUGUCACCUCUUCUGCUUCCACCGGUGCUGCAAUCUGCAAUGAGACUGCCAAAGAAGGAAGGAAACAAGUAGCAAACUCAAGCGACGUAGACCGUGUAUCGCUCACUUACUACAUGAACCUACUCCAGUCCCUACCCGAAAGCAAAUUUGGCCCAAUCCUAGUCACCCUAAACCCCACCACAGACCCCUGCUCCCCUUACACACCCCGACGAGAACUAGUGCUUAAACACCAAGCUUACACACACCCUAUCUAUACGCGACAUUCCGUCGCUGCGCAGCGCCAACUCGGAAAUUUGCAAGGCGUACAAGGUGCCUAUUUCGCAGGUGCCUGGACCAACUAUGGCUUCCACGAAGACGGUUUCAGCUCAGGUUUGAAAGCAGCAGAGCGCAUAGAAGGCGUCUAUCUGCCAUUUGAGAUCAGGGAUGCUGAGAGGCACCUUCCCAGGCAGAAGCAGUGGCAAUGUACCCUGGUGGAAAGCGUAGAUGCCUUGGGAAGAGGUCCAGUGGUGAGGCGCCUGACAGCGGUCGUUUGCUGGCUGGUGGUGUAUCUUUUGGCCGUGUUGCAGAUGAUACUGAUGAUCACAGGGGUUAGCAGGCAUGUUUGGAUGGGAGUGGGCAGGGUUAAAGGCUAUUGGAGGCAUUCUUUGCGUGGUCUUGAUGGUGGGGAGACCAAGGAGAUUAAAGCAAACUAG